AUGGUGCCUUACCCUGCGCAAGGCAGUAUUAAUCCUCUCAUUAAUUUGGCCCAGUUGCUCUCUUCACGAGGGGUUUUCAUUACCUUCGUCAACACGGAGUGGAGUCACAGUUGCAUGUCCAAAGCAGCUCAUAAAGAUAACGAUGAUCAACUCUGUAACUCAACAUUUAAGUUUUUCACCAUUCCAUAUGGGUUGCCGCUAGAUCAUGGUCGCCUGGCCAAUCCCGCCGAGUACGGAAUCGCAAUACAAAAGCUUGGCCCAGUCUUGAAGCAUCAUUUGCGGUGCGGCUUACCCGAGGGAGCUCCAACCAUCACUUGCAUUAUAACAGAAAAUUUCAUGUCUUGCACUCACGAAGUGGCCUAUAAGCUGGGAGUGCCCCGAGUCAUUUUCUGGACAACGUGCGCCGCCUAUUCUAUUGCUCAGUGCAACUCCAACCUUCUCCUCUCCCGCGGACAUAUUCCUGUCAAAGUGGAGGAAUCGAAGGGGCCAGACAAAGUGAUAACUUGUUUGCCUGGUAAUCUCCCUGAUCAGAAGCAAAUCUGA